GAGCAAAGUAACUCUUGACUAACAGGAGAGCCUCUGCCGAGCAUGGAGAGCUGCUGCCGCGGCCGGCCGGCGACUCGGGCAACGCUGGCGCCCCAGAGGUAGUUUGGCGACCGCGGAGCAGGAAAAAGUGCGGGCGGGAGGCUGUCCACUCCCCGCCCUCACCCCGCCGGGCCCGGCCGACCCCUCAGUUGUGGAUUUCGCUGCGAUACCCCCCGGCAGCUCUUUGCAAAGCGGCUUGAAACUUCUCCCAAAGUCGACAUGGAUACAGCGGCGGCGGCGCUGCCUGCUUUUGUGGCGCUCUUGCUCCUCUCCCCUUGGCCUCUCCUGGGGUCGGCCCAAGGCCAGUUCUCCGCAGGUGGCUGUACUUUUGAUGAUGGUCCGGGAGUUUGUGAUUACCACCAGGAUCUAUAUGAUGACUUUGAAUGGGUUCAUGUUAGUGCUCAAGAACCUCAUUAUCUGCCACCCGAGAUGCCACAAGGUUCCUAUAUGAUAGUGGAUUCUUCAGAUCAUGACCCUGGAGAAAAAGCCAGACUUCAGCUGCCUACAAUGAAGGAGAACGACACUCACUGUAUCGACUUUAGUUACCUAUUAUACAGCCAGAAAGGAUUGAAUCCUGGCACUUUGAACAUAUUGGUUAGGGUGAAUAAAGGACCUCUUGCCAAUCCAAUAUGGAAUGUGACUGGAUUCACGGGUAGAGACUGGCUUCGGGCUGAGCUAGCAGUGAGCACCUUUUGGCCCAAUGAAUAUCAGGUAAUAUUUGAAGCUGAAGUCUCAGGAGGAAGAAGUGGUUAUAUUGCCAUUGAUGACAUCCAAGUCCUGAGUUAUCCUUGUGAUAAAUCUCCUCAUUUCCUCCGUCUGGGGGACGUAGAGGUCAAUGCAGGGCAGAAUGCUACAUUUCAGUGUAUCGCUACAGGGAGAGACGCUGUACAUAACAAGUUAUGGCUGCAGAGGCGAAAUGGAGAAGAUAUACCAGUAGCCCAGACUAAGAACAUCAAUCACAGAAGAUUUGCUGCUUCCUUUAGAUUGCAAGAAGUGACAAAAACCGACCAGGAUUUGUAUCGCUGUGUAACUCAGUCAGAACGAGGUUCUGGUGUGUCCAAUUUUGCUCAACUUAUUGUACGAGAACCACCAAGACCCAUUGCUCCUCCCCAGCUGCUUGGUGUUGGGCCUACAUAUUUGCUGAUUCAGCUAAAUGCCAACUCCAUCAUUGGUGAUGGUCCCAUCAUUCUGAAAGAGGUAGAGUACAGAAUGACAUCAGGAUCCUGGACAGAAACCCAUGCAGUCAAUGCUCCAACUUACAAGUUAUGGCAUUUGGAUCCGGAUACUGAAUAUGAGAUCCGUGUUCUACUUACAAGACCUGGUGAAGGCGGGACGGGGCUUCCAGGACCUCCACUAAUCACCAGAACCAAAUGUGCAGAGCCUAUGCGAACCCCAAAGACUUUAAAGAUUGCCGAGAUACAGGCAAGACGCAUUGCUGUGGACUGGGAAUCCCUGGGUUACAACAUCACUCGUUGCCACACUUUUAAUGUCACUAUCUGCUACCAUUACUUCCGUGGUCACAAUGAGAGCAAGGCAGACUGUUUGGACAUGGACCCCAAAGCCCCUCAGCAUGUUGUGAACCAUCUGCCACCUUAUACAAACGUCAGCCUCAAGAUGAUCCUAACCAAUCCAGAAGGCAGGAAGGAGAGUGAAGAGACGAUUAUUCAAACUGAUGAGGAUGUGCCUGGCCCUGUACCAGUCAAUUCUCUUCAAGGAACAUCCUUUGAAAAUAAGAUCUUCUUGAACUGGAAGGAACCUUUGGAUCCAAAUGGAAUCAUCACUCAAUAUGAGGUCAGUUACAGCAGCAUAAGAUCAUUUGAUCCUGCAGUUCCAGUGGCUGGACCUCCCCAGACUGUAUCAAAUUUAUGGAACAGUACACACCAUGUCUUCAUGCAUCUCCAUCCUGGAACCACCUACCAGUUUUUCAUAAGAGCCAGCACAGUCAAAGGCUUUGGGCCAGCCACAGCCAUCAAUGUGACCACCAAUAUCUCAGCUCCAACUUUACCUGACUAUGAAGGAGUUGAUGCCUCUCUCAAUGAAACUGCCACCACAAUAACUGUAUUGUUGAGACCAGCACAGGCUAAAGGUGCACCUAUCAGUGCCUAUCAGAUUGUUGUGGAGGAAUUGCACCCUCACCGAACCAAGAGAGAAGCCAGAGCCAUGGAAUGCUACCAGGUUCCUGUCACAUACCAAAAUGCCAUGAAUGGGGGUGCACCGUACUACUUCGCUGCUGAACUACCCCCAGGGAAUCUUCCCGAACCUGCCCCAUUCACCGUGGGCGAUAAUAGGACCUAUCAGGGCUUUUGGAACCCCCCUUUGGCUCCACGCAAAGGAUACAACAUCUAUUUCCAGGCAAUGAGCAGUGUGGAGAAGGAAACUAAAACCCAGUGUGUAAGAAUUGCUACCAAAGCAGCAGCAACAGAAGAACCAGAAGUGAUUCCAGACCCAGCCAAGCAGACAGACAGAGUGGUGAAAAUAGCAGGAAUUAGUGCUGGGAUUUUGGUGUUCGUCCUUCUGCUUCUAGUUGUCAUAUUAAUUGUAAAAAAGAGCAAGCUUGCUAAAAAACGCAAAGAUGCUCUGGGGAACACCCGGCAGGAGAUGACGCACAUGGUAAAUGCUAUGGAUCGAAGUUAUGCUGAUCAGAGCACUCUGCAUGCAGAAGACCCUCUUUCCAUCACCUUCAUGGACCAACAUAAUUUUAGUCCAAGAUUGCCCAAUGAUCCACUUGUGCCGACUGCUGUGUUAGAUGAGAACCACAGUGCUACAGCAGAAUCCAGUCGUCUUCUAGAUGUACCUCGCUACCUGUGUGAGGGGACAGAAUCCCCUUACCAGACGGGACAGCUGCACCCAGCUAUCAGGGUAGCCGACUUACUGCAGCACAUUAAUCUCAUGAAGACAUCAGACAGCUACGGGUUCAAAGAGGAAUAUGAGAGCUUCUUUGAAGGACAGUCAGCAUCUUGGGAUGUAGCUAAAAAAGAUCAAAAUAGAGCAAAAAACCGAUAUGGAAACAUUAUAGCGUAUGAUCAUUCCAGAGUAAUUUUGCAACCUGUUGAGGAUGAUCCUUCUUCAGAUUACAUUAAUGCCAACUAUAUAGAUGGCUACCAGAGACCAAGCCACUACAUUGCAACUCAAGGCCCAGUUCAUGAAACAGUAUAUGAUUUCUGGAGAAUGAUCUGGCAAGAGCAGUCCGCCUGCAUUGUGAUGGUUACAAAUUUAGUUGAAGUUGGCCGGGUUAAGUGCUAUAAGUAUUGGCCUGAUGAUACUGAAGUUUAUGGUGACUUCAAAGUAACUUGUGUAGAAAUGGAACCACUUGCUGAAUAUGUAGUCAGGACAUUCACCCUGGAAAGGAGGGGAUACAGUGAGAUGCGUGAAGUUAAACAGUUCCAUUUCACCGGCUGGCCUGACCAUGGAGUACCCUACCAUGCUACAGGCCUUCUUUCCUUUAUCCGGCGGGUCAAGUUCUCCAACCCUCCCAGCGCUGGCCCCAUCGUUGUGCAUUGCAGUGCUGGUGCUGGACGAACUGGUUGUUACAUUGUGAUUGACAUCAUGCUGGACAUGGCUGAAAGAGAGGGUGUUGUUGACAUCUACAACUGUGUCAAAGCCUUAAGAUCUCGUCGUAUCAAUAUGGUCCAGACAGAGGAACAGUACAUUUUUAUUCAUGAUGCCAUUUUAGAAGCCUGCUUAUGUGGAGAAACUGCCAUACCUGUCUGUGAAUUUAAAGCUGCAUAUUUUGAUAUGAUUAGAAUAGACUCCCAGACAAACUCUUCACAUCUCAAAGAUGAAUUCCAGACCUUGAAUUCAGUCACCCCUCGACUACAAGCUGAGGACUGCAGUAUAGCUUGCCUGCCAAGGAACCAUGACAAGAACCGUUUCAUGGACAUGCUGCCACCUGACAGAUGUCUGCCUUUUUUAAUUACAAUUGAUGGGGAGAGUAGUAACUACAUCAAUGCUGCUCUUAUGGACAGCUACAGGCAACCAGCUGCUUUCAUCGUCACACAGUACCCUCUGCCAAACACUGUGAAAGACUUCUGGAGAUUAGUGUAUGAUUAUGGCUGUACCUCCAUUGUGAUGUUAAAUGAAGUCGACUUGUCCCAGGGCUGCCCUCAGUACUGGCCAGAAGAAGGGAUGCUACGAUAUGGCCCUAUCCAAGUGGAAUGUAUGUCUUGUUCAAUGGACUGUGAUGUGAUAAACCGGAUUUUUAGGAUAUGCAAUCUAACAAGACCACAGGAAGGUUAUCUGAUGGUACAGCAGUUUCAGUAUCUAGGGUGGGCUUCUCAUCGAGAAGUGCCUGGCUCCAAACGGUCAUUUUUGAAGCUGAUACUGCAGGUGGAAAAAUGGCAGGAGGAAUGUGAGGACGGGGAGGGCCGAACGAUCAUCCACUGCCUAAAUGGUGGUGGGCGAAGUGGCAUGUUCUGUGCUAUAGGCAUCGUUGUUGAAAUGGUGAAACGGCAAAAUGUUGUCGAUGUGUUCCAUGCGGUCAAGACGCUAAGGAACAGCAAGCCAAACAUGGUGGAAGCCCCGGAGCAGUACCGUUUCUGCUACGACGUAGCUUUGGAGUACCUGGAGUCAUCUUAGUUGGGGGGAGACUUCACAGUGCAUCCAAGCAGAGCCCAUUCAUCUGUUGAGCCAGCAGCUGUUGUACGUGUCACACCUGUGCAGAAAGAUUUUAAUGUGGGGGGUGGGAGGCUUUUACAUUUGAGAGGUAAAAGUAUUUUUCUUAUGAAGUUGUGUAUCUUAAUAAAAAGGACUCAGUUUCUAUUACUGUAUGAAA